CAAAAAACACAAGAACUUCCAAUUUAUUACACCAACUUAGAUCAAAAAACAUAUAUGUUGUCAAUUUUUGUUUAUCAUAUUGGUUAUGUUUUAGCUUUUUUUAAGGUUUUUGUUCAUUGAAUUAUUAUUAUUAUUACAUGUCAUUGUUUCUUCCUAGAGUUGAUGCUGAGAAGAUCAUAAGAAGAUGCAAGUGAACAAACACAUCCAAGUGACAAUGGACAAAAUCCAACACUUUCCUGUUUUGUGUUGGAAAACCUCCAAGAAAGUGGGAGCUGAAGAUCCUAGGAGAAUUAUCCACUCUCUCAAAGUUGGUCUCUCUCUCACACUUGUUUCUUUGUUGUACUUAAUAGAGCCAUUGUUCAAAAGGCUUGGUAGCAAUGCGACAUGGGCUGUCAUGACGGUCGUCGUCGUUCUAGAGUUCACCGCCGGGGCAACUUUAUGCAAAGGACUCAAUAGAGGGUUGGGGACAUUAUUGGCAGGAUCCUUAGCUUUUUUCAUUGAGGGUGUUGCUAAUAGAUCUGGAAGAGUUUUUAGAGCUUGUUUCAUUGGAGCUGCUGUUUUUCUUAUAGGAGCUGCAGCAACAUAUAUGAGAUUCUUUCCCAAAAUAAAGAAGAAUUAUGAUUAUGGAGUGGUGAUAUUUCUCUUGACGUUUAAUCUUAUAACGGUGUCGAGCUACCGGGUCGAUAAUGUCUUGAAAAUCGCACACGAUAGAUUGUAUACCAUUGCCAUUGGCUGUGGAGUCUGCCUUUUGAUGAGCUUAUUGAUCUUCCCAAAUUGGUCUGGAGAAGAGCUCCAUAAUUCAACAGUUCUCAAGCUUGAAGGGCUUGCCAAAUCCAUUGAAGGCUGUGUUAACGAGUAUUUUUUCGACACCGAGAUCGACGAAAACAAAGAGAGCUGUUCAGGGGACCAAAUCUACAAAGGUUACAAGGCAGUUCUAGACUCAAAAUCCAUAGAUGAAUCUUUGGCAUUACAAGCAAGCUGGGAGCCAAGACACUCAAGUCACUGCUACAGAAUCCCAUGGCAGCAGUAUGUGAAAUUGGGCGGCGUUCUCCGCCAUUUCGGUUACACCGUCGUCGCUCUACACGGCUGCCUGCAGACCGAGAUUCAGACCCCACGAUCGGUUCGAAUCCUUUUCAAAGAUCCUUGCACUCGUGUUGCGCGGGAAGUAUCGAAAGCAUUGAUCGAACUCGCUAACAGCAUACGUAAUCGACGACAUUGUUCACCAGAGAUCCUCUCGGACCAUCUUCACGAAGCGUUACAAGACUUGAACAAAGCGAUAAAAUCGCAGCCACGGUUGUUCCUAGGCUCAAACAGAAACAAAGCCAGCAAUAUGCUAGCAUUAGCAGCAGCAGAAGCAGGACAAAAGCGCUGCAGGUCAGGGGGAUCGUUAUCGAGCGUGAAAACCGACUCAUCGGCGUUGAUGGAAUGGAAGACGAAACGGGCAAGUGAGCAAUCAAGGGAGGCUGAAAGGAAGGUGUUGAGGCCACAGUUAAGUAAAAUAGCUAUCACAAGCCUUGAGUUCUCAGAAGCACUUCCAUUUGCAGCGUUUGCUUCUUUGCUUGUUGAGACAGUGGCUAAGCUUGACAAUGUUAUAGAUGAAGUUGAAGAAUUGGGCAGAAUUGCUUGCUUCAAAGAGUUCAUAAAUGGUGAUGAUCAUGAAGAACAACACAUAACUGUCAAAUGUGAGAAGCCAAACAUCAAUGUGUCUCAAAAUCAGCUGUCUUCUGUUGGUGGUGCUGAGUAAUUGGGAUUAUCAAUAUCAUUCCUA